GGGAAACACACGAAUAAAACAAAAUUCCAUACAGUAGCUCGGUUCUCUUUUGACAUGGUAUCAGAGCAGUGACACGAUCCUGCCAGCAAACCUCUCGACAUCUCCACGAACUUCUCCUACUUUCUGCCAUGACAACCCCCGAAACUGAAACCGCCCACUCAAACCCAGAUUUGAGGAAUGAGUCGGUCCGACGCAAAAUUAACGACCCUUCAUCCCCUUAUUUUUUACAUCCUAGUGAUUCUCCGGGUGUCAACAUAUGUGGCAUGACACUUCGAGGGGAAUCAAAUUAUAGGGAAUGGAGGACUUCCAUGACAAAUGCUUUCCGGGCAAAAAGGAAGGCCGGAUUUCUGGACGGAACUAUCCAACGCCCCACAACACGGGCGGAAGAUAUCGAGGACUGGAUCAGUGUGAAUUCAAUGCUCGUAGGCUGGAUAAUGACUUCUAUUGAGCCCAGUUUGCGAACAAAUAUCACGUACAUGGAUGACGCGUGCGAUUUGUGGAAGGACUUGAAAGAACGAUUCGAGGUGAGUGACCCUAUUCGGGUGCAUGAGAUCAAGGAGGCACUGCAGGCUUGCAAGCAGCAUGGUGACUCGGUGACAACGUAUUUCGGACGCUUAAAGGGUUUGUGGGAUGAUUACGAACCCUACCGGAAUGUGCCGCGAUGUGUGUGCAAAGGAUGCACAUGUAAUCUGGAGAAACAGUUUCUCGCCAAAGUUGAAACUGAAAAAUCUCAUGAUUUUUUACUUGGACUUGAUGCAGCAAGUUUCAAGGGUCUCCGGUCCAAUAUUCUUAGCGCGGACGAACUGCCUCCUCUCACUAAGCUCUACCAGAUGGUUAUACAGGAGGAGAGACAUAAAAAUCUCACCCAUGAACGAACUGAAGCUAUGGCCCUUGCUGCCCAAAUGCCUCUGCCACGCUCAAUUCGUGACAAACUGGUCUGCACUUUUUGUAAAAAGAAAGGGCACACAGUGGACAAUUGUUUUAAGAAAACAGGUAAUUAUCCGGAGUGGUGGGUGAAUAAUCCUGGACGGGGAAGAGGACGUGAUGGAGAUGGAAGUGGCCGCCGCGCCGACAAAGCAGCGGCACAUGCAGUAGGGACAGUUGCCGACGUGAUUCCGGAGGUGCAAGGAAUAGCUCCUGGUUCGCAGCAUGGACCUAUGAUCAGUAACGAACAGUGGACCCAAUUCCUCAACAUGUUGAAUAAUUGUAAGGUGACUAAUACCACAGAAAAAUUAUCAGGGCCUACCUAUGAGGACGCCGAUUGGAGUGGGUGAACGGCGUGGGGGUGUCUAUUUUUUCCGAGGGAUGGAUCCAAGUCUUAAGUGUCUUGCUGCGGUAGUGGAGACUCCAGAGCUGUGGCAUUGCCGAUUGGGUCAUCCUUCACACGGUGUGAUGAAGUCGAUUGGUAGUUUAAAUAUUUCAUAUGAAAAUAAAGUUUGUGAUGCAUGUAUGCGUGGCAAACAAACAAGAGAAGUGUUUUCAAUAAAUUAUGCACGUGCUUUUGCGGUUUUUGAAAUGAUUCAUUGUGACGUGUGGGGCCCAUAUAGAUCACCGGCAUCAUGUGGGUCACGAUAUUUUCUUACAGUAGUUGAUGAUUAUUCCCGUG